AUGAGUAGUGCCGCCCAUGUGGAUCAGCGAGCUGUCAUUCAGGCCUACCGCCACCUUUACCGGCAAGGACUGCGGGUGAUUAAUUAUUCUACGCCAUCGCGCCAUGUACUUCUCCGAACUUUGCGAUCCUCGUUUCGCUCAUCUUCUCGUCACGAUUUCGAUCCACAUAGAAUAGCCAACACUCUACGCUUCCUCCAGCGAGCUGCCGACGCCGCGGGCGUGGAACAUAAGAUCGUGAAGAAUUUGAUGAUGGUCAGGUACUGGGAGCAACCCCAAGUGAGAAAGGAUUUGCGAUUAUUGAAAGGGCUAGGGAUUGACCAAAAAGAGUCCAGUCUACGCAGAGAUGCCAAUGAGCAAUUUAAUUUGACACUAAUGCUUCUGAAUGAGAGCUUAGGGACAUGCAUCAAAUAA